UAAAUACGUGUAUAUUUUUUGUCUUUUAGUGUUAAACAUAGAUAAUAUGGAAAAAAAUUCAAGGAAAAAGCCAUUCUCAAAAAAAUUGAAUGUUCAUCAUUCCAACUUUGUUCAAUAAAAACUCUUAACAGUUCCCAAGGUGUGUAAAGUGAACAUGAUGACAUAACAUACCACAUAGUCACAUACCACAUUAUUAAUUGGGACAUUAGUAUUCUCUUGCUCACUUAGUAAUUGGAAAUAAAAGUCAUUUAUAUGUAAAAGAGUUUAUAUAUCGUUAUCAUAAUUCACUACAUGCUCUAGUUUUGGGUUUUGAAACAAAGGAAAGCUUGUCGUGAUCUGAUUUUACUAGAAGAUCAGCAUGGUCGACCGAUUUGAUAUUAGAGAAGCAUGCAUGUUAUGAUUGUUACUUAUCAAUAUGACGUGUCAGGAAAAAAAUUAUUUAUCCUACAUUUAAUUAAUAUGAUGAUUAAUAAAUUAAAAAAAUAUAUAUUGGUUAACUUAAAAUAUCUAAGGAAAAUGGUUAUGUGUAGGUGGCCAAAAAACCCAAAUAUAAUUAACUGCUGCUGGUUUAAUCGAUGAAUAAAGUUCAUUUAUUCUUUGUCAAUAUGGUUUAGUAGAAUCGAACCGAUAAAUUAAAAGCAGAGAUUAUUCGGUUUAGCUCACACAUACACUUUCUCUAAUAAUUAAAAAAAGGAAAAAUUUAAUCUGAACGUGUAUAAUUACGCUCUCUCUCUGUCAAAAGUUGUAAGAGAAGAAGAAGAAAAGACACACAGUCGUUGAUGCUGCUCGUCUUCUUCGUUCAACUAAUAAAAGGUCUCUCCUUUCUCUUCACUCUUCUCAGAUGCUUGAAUGUUUGAUACAAUUUCUCUUCCCAUUGUUUGUUCAAACUCGUUUUUUUGGACUAAAGUUGUUUCCUUUUUAACUCAUUUUCACUAACCCUUCUCUGUUUUGUUCAGAUACUUCGCCAUUUGUGUUGCUUCCGCUUCUCUCUUUAUCAAGUUCAGAGCUUUGGUUGAGAUUUGGCUUGUAGGGUUUGUUCGGUUCUCGUCUGAUUUUUUUUUUUUUGCUAUUUUAGGAAACUCUUCCGUGGGUUUGAAGAAAGGGUAAAGCCAUGAAGGGGAUUAAGGAGGAGAACGUGGUGAACGAGUUUAGGGUGAGGGGUGAGUGUCUGCAUAGCGCGUUGGACAAGGUUAACGCUCAUGCUUCCGACGUGCUUCUCUUCAGUGUUCAGUGGAAAGACUUGAAUGAGUAUCUGGAAUCAGUCAAAGGUAAAUUAAAGGAGAGGUUCAGGGAGUUAGAGUCCAAGGAGGUUGAGUUGAAAGGUCAAAGCUUUGCACUUGAGGAGAGGGCUAAAGUGGUUGAAGAAGCUGAAGCUAAGGUUGCUGAUUUGGAGAUGAAAUCUGAUGGGAUUCGGAUGGAUGUUGAAGCAAUGAAGAAAGAGCUUAACUUUUUUACUAAACAGGUUGAAGUUUCUGUAGGCGAGUCUAACGCGGAGGAAGCGAGACUGUCUCAGCUUAGGAGAUUGGUGGAAGAGUGUGAGGAAGAGAGAAUGUUGAAGGAGAGUCAGCUUGGUUUGAAAGGUGAAGAGCUAGCAAAGUUGGAGACUGAUAUUGAGAGGUGUUGUGCUGAGGUCAGCGCAGAGAUGGAGAGAUUGCGUGGAGCUCAAAUUCACAGGAGACAGUUAGAUGAGGAAGUUGAGAGGAAGACGAAAGAUCUCGCAUUGGUUCAGAGCAAGCUUGAGGAAUGUGAGAAGAUGUUUGAGACAAGGUCCUCAGAGCUGGUUGAGACUCAGGAUGAGCUUGAAUGUAAGCGAGAAGAUUUAGGACAGUUGGAAGCUGAGCUUGAAAGGCAUCGCGUUAAGGUCAUCACAGAGAAGGAUCAUUGGGAGAGGACGCGAGAUCACGGUAGAGAACUGGAAGAGGAGAUAUCAAGAAAGAAGAAAGAGCUUGAAUCGGUGAUAGAACAACUAGAUUCCAAACAGAAGCUGCUUGAGACACAGUCAUCUGAACUUGUCUCUAAGGAGAAAGAGUUUGAAGCUCUUAGUCUGGACAUUGGAUUGAGUGAGCAGAAGGUCAUGUCCCUAAAUAACGACAUGAAGGAGAUUUGCCAACGAGUGGAAUCAAAAGGCAAGGAGCUGGAGAAGGUUCAAAGGCUAAUUAAGGAAAGGAGUGUGCAUUGUGAGUCACUCAAGCUGUUGAUUGAGGAACGCAGUGAAGAACUUGAUUCUAAAGUGAAGCAACAUGAUGAGAUAACAGAUGAUAUUCGGAAGUUAUCCUUGGAGAUUGUCUUUAAAGAGAAGACACUGAAAAGAGCUGAAGUUUUUAUCCAGCAGCUCUCUGAGAAACAAGAUUCGGCAGAGGAAAAACUGGAUUCGACUAGAAGAGAUCUGGCAAGUUGCAUUGACGAACAUGAGUCAAUGGAGAGAGACCUUAUCUCUGUGAAGGAUAUAUAUAGAGAGUGCCUCGAAGAUCUGGAGAUCAAGGAGAAGGAGUUGAAGUGUGUAGAAUCAAUACUCACUGAGAGAAAUAAACAAGUUGAGGAACGAGAGAAGAUGAUGCAACAUUUGAAUAGCUCCAUUGAGAAACUUAUGGGACAGCUCAAGUUGAAACAAGAAGAGGUUUGUUCAAUCAAAAAGACCAUCAAGGAAUGCUCCCGUGAGUUGAAGGCUAAGAGGAAACACCGUGAUAAGGUUCAAAGCACACUUACUGAUCUUAUUGCUGAGCUCAAGUCAACAGAAAGCCAACUUAGCUCUGUCAAACAAAAGAUUCAAGACAGCUUGAAAGACUUUCAAGGGCUUGAACUGAAAGAGAAAGAGCUUAGUGCUCGGGAGGCAAGGAUUGAUCACAAGGCUCAGCAACUGAUAUCAACAGAACAGAAGUUGCCAAAAUCCUCUAAGAAAACUGAGCUGAAAGCAAAGAAACAAGGCAACACGGUUCAACAAGCUGACCUUGUACGAGACGCUAACGUACGCGACGAGAAAACUUUGCAGUUACUCUUACGUGGGCAUCUGAAGAAACGUGAUCAGCUUCAUCUCGACGUCUUGUCUUCUAUUAAAAGAUCUUCUGACCCGGCAAAGCUUGUGUUAGAGACAGUAAAUGGGCUCUACGCAGCUCACCAAAGGACAGAAGCUACAAAUCUUGAUCCAAAGAGUGUUCAAAGGAGUAGCAUCUGCUUGCUAGAAUGCUUGAUGGAUAUGUCACCAAACCCCACAGCUGAAGUACAAGGAGAAGCUUUCAAGUUUGCCACUGAAUGGAAGAACAUAACUCUGGUUGAGGCAGAGAAUCCAGUGGAGGUGUUGGAGUUUCUAAACUUUCUUGCUGCAUUCAGUUUCGCAUAUGCUUUUGAUGCUGACCAAGUCCAAAGUCUUUUUGAUGUUGACUUCCUUUGCAAAUAUGGUCUCAGUCUAUGCAAAGCUCUUGGAGUAUCAGCUCUAGCACCUGUCAACAAUAAUGUGCUAUCAUUGGAAGAUAAGCCUGAGCAGCAGCCCCGUGAAGCACCAGUCAUCAAUAGUAGUGAUCCAUGCUCCUUGGAUGUCCAACAAAGCAUAGCUUCACCUCAUUUGCCUGAUGAAGAUUCUCUUAGGGACAUUGAGGACUCAACUUCUUUUUCACCGAAUGAAGUCUCAACUAAACUUCGAAUGCUUAAAUAUCCAGGCAGGUUUGUUCUAACUUGUCUCGAUGAUGCACUCAUUGGCGCUCGUAGGAGAGGGGAAUUGAGUUUAGCAGAGCCUAUAGUCAAGACUUUUGUUCCCCUUCUGGAGGAGCUGGCACGUGGUGUAGUCUCUACUGAUGAUCCUGGUCUACAGUCUGAUGCAACCAAAGUGGCACGUGAAUGGGUGAGGAUGAUGGGAGCUAGUGUUGAAAAGUCAGAGCUUGAGGUUUGGGCUUUUCUGCAAUUCAUUGUGGCGUUUGGAUUGCGGAUUCAACCAGAUCAAAAUUUACAACUCGCCUCGCGUGUUACUCACUUCAAACAGGCUCCAAGACUCUUCCAAUCUCUUGGUCUCAGUGAUGCCAUCCCAAAUUUUGUCACACAGCUCCUUGACAAAGCCAUCUAUAUUCCGGCAAUUCGGUUUAUGCUUUACUUCAACGUGACAAACAACUUCUCUCCCCUGGAGUUCUUGAAGGAACAGAUCAUCAGUCUCAGACGCUCAGCCAAGCAAAAGAGAACAACACAUGAAUCACAGGCUGACGCUGCUACAAUGAGGGACAUAAUGGAACUCAUUGAAGACUUCCAGCUGGAAAUUGACAUUCCUGUGGCUCUUAUCCUCAGAUUCAUGGUUCCUCGGGACAUUCAUAACCUUCCAGUUCAGGCUUCAGACACAGUCUUUCAAAGCUCAUGCAUUGCCACUGAUGGCUCAAACCCGAGCCAUCCAACAAUCUUUGAUGCGGCACCAGAUCAACCUGUUAACGUGGAAACAUAUGAAGCUGGUGGUUCAACUGAGUUCCAAGGUCAAUCUUCACAUCAAGCUGGUUCUAAACGUCCAAGGGUGGUGGAGGAUCCUGAGGGUUCUAGACCGGUGAUUAGACCUUGCUUCAAUCGACCACCAGGAUCUGGCUGAUUCUAGUUAUCUGUAUCAAGUUUAAGGCUAUAACUAGCUUUGUAGGAAGUAACUAACUAGAAAGAUCUUUUGUUUUUUGGGCUUGAUAGGUCUCAUCUAUUGUGGUUAGUAGCUCCAUGGUUUCUCUCUUGUAUAAUACACUUGUAUUUUGUUAUGGCAUUUGGGAGGCAGUUAAGAUCUUGAAUUUUAAUUAUUAAUGCAACAAAAGCUCUUUUGAAUC